CUACAUUUUUGCAAAGAAGCACAAGAAAAUGGAUAUUUAAUCUAUGAAAAAGUGUUGUCCUAACAAUAAAAUGUAAAAAGUGUGAUGUUAAACUUACCGGCACGAUGGACUCCUCGGAAGUAUCUCCCACGCCGCGCCGCUGGUCGAAGUACGUGUGUGAUGUUUACGAUCCCGUCCAGGUCGGCUCGAUCGAUGGAACGGACCAGGUGCCGCACGACCGUGCACUGAUCCGGGCGAUUAACUCCAACUACCGACCGAACCGUAAGGUGAAAGGGAACCCGUUGCACACGAUCUUCAUCGGCCGGUUGGCACAUUCAGUCACCGAGGAACAGUUACGCGCCAAGUUUGCGCCCUUCGGCACGAUCGUCCACGCUCGAUUAGUCACCGACAUUGUCACCGGACUGCCGCGGGGUUACGCUUUCAUCGAGUACAGUGCCCGCGGCGAAGCGCUGCGUGCGAUCGAGCGCAUGCACGGCGUCACCAUCGACGGGAAGGAGAUACUCGUUGACGAAGAGUGGGAACGGCGCCUCGAGGGCUGGAAGCCGCGCCGGCUCGGUGGAGGUUUCGGAGGGAGGAAAAAGUCACAGCAGCUGCGCUUCGGCUGCAAGGUGCAGCCGUUCCGGCGGCCAAUACUUGAAACCGGCGGUGUGGCGAGCGUGAGCGAGUGGAAUCGCCGCGUGCGCCAGCUCAAGGAAGGGCCGACCGGGUCCAGCCGAAACAGUGAUAGUGAAUGAACACUUCCCACACGCUUGGAGGCUUUUUUGCCAGAAAAUAAUUACUGUAUGUAUUGUUUAUAAUAGCAAUAAAAUAACCAACCGACAACCGGUAACCAACCGACAGAUAG